AUGGUGCAGCAGCGGGGCGCGAGGGCCAAGCGGGACGGCGCGCCGCCGCCGCCGCCGCCGCCGCCCCAGGGUCCGGGCUCGGCCGGGGCCGGGGCGCGCGAGCCCGGCUGGUGCAAGACGCCGAGCGGCCACAUCAAGCGGCCCAUGAACGCCUUCAUGGUGUGGUCGCAGCACGAGCGGCGCAAGAUCAUGGACCAGUGGCCCGACAUGCACAACGCCGAGAUCUCCAAGCGCCUGGGCCGGCGCUGGCAGCUGCUGCAGGACUCGGAGAAGAUCCCGUUCGUGCGCGAGGCCGAGCGGCUGCGCCUCAAGCACAUGGCCGACUACCCGGACUACAAGUACCGGCCGCGCAAGAAGAGCAAGGGGGCGCCCGCCAAGGCGCGGACCCGGCCCCCGGGCGCCGGGGGCGGCGGUGGAGCCGGCGGCGGCGGCGGCGGCGGAGGAGGAGGCGCGGGCAGCCGGCUCAAGGCCGCCGGGCCGCAGCUGCCGGGCCGCGGGGGCCGGCGUGCCGCGGGGGGCGGCUCGGCGGCGGUGGUGGUGGCCGCGCCCGAGGACGACGAGGACGACGAGGACGACGACGAGGACGAGGAGCUGCUGGAAGUGCGCCUGCUGGAGACCCCCGGGCGGGAGCUGUGGCGCAUGGUCCCGGCGGGGCGCGCUGCUGCUGCUGCUGCCCGGGGGGCCGCGGAGCGCGCCCGGGCCCUGGCGGGUGACGACGACGGGGUGGCCGUCGGCGCUGCAUCCCCGGCCCCGUCGGAGGAGGAGGACGACGACGACGACGACGAGGAGCCCGAGGACCAGGACGAGGAGGAGGACAAGGCCGCGACGCGCGAGGAGCCCCUGGGCCUGCUGCCCAGGCUGCCCCCCGUGGUCCCCGCCGCCGCCGCCGGCCUGGACUGCGGCGCCCUGGACCGCGACCCCGACCCCGACCUGCCCCCCGCCUCGGGGCCGUCGCACUUCGAGUUCCCGGACUACUGCACCCCCGAAGUGACCGAGAUGAUCGCCGGGGACUGGCGCCCGUCGAGCAUCGCCGACCUGGUUUUCACCUACUGAGCCCACCACCCGUCAGCGGGGGCGCGCACGCACGCCCCCCAAACCAGCUGUUUACAUACUGGAAUCAGGUAUUGGGGCCCCCACUAGGAGGAGGAGGCGCCCAGGCUGGCACCCCACUCUCCGCUGCGCAGCCUCCUCCCCUCCUGGAUGUGCCCACCCCACUACUCCACCACCACCA